UUGAGCAACGGUCUCACUGACAGCAAAAAGCGCGCGGCGUGUUUUUGCAAACAAAACAUUCUUGGCAAAUUCUGGCGUUACCUUCUAUUUAUUUAUAUUUUACUGAUUAGGAAUAACGGGGCUGCCAUGGGAAUUUUAGGCUUAUCCAAGCUUAUUGCCGACCUGGCCCCACAGGCCAUUCGUGAAAGUGAAAUCAAGAACUUCUUCGGUCGAAAGGUGGCCAUUGAUGCUAGUAUGUGUCUGUACCAGUUCCUCAUCGCUGUGCGUGCCGAGGGCGCCCAGUUGGCCAGUGUAAAUGGCGAUCCCACCUCCCACUUGAUGGGCAUGUUCUAUCGCACCAUCCGUUUGCUGGACAACGGAAUCAAGCCGGUGUAUGUUUUCGAUGGAAAACCUCCAGAUCUAAAGUCCGGGGAGUUGGCAAAGCGAGCUGAGCGAAGGGAGGAGGCGGAGAAGGCUCUGAAAGCUGCCACGGAUGCGGGAGAUGAUGCCGGCAUUGAGAAGUUUAAUCGUCGAUUGGUGCGCGUAACCAAGGAUCACGCCAAUGAAGCCAAGGAGUUGCCGCUGAUGGGUGUGCCCUAUGUGGAGGCUCCCUGCGAAGCGGAGGCGCAGUGCGCUGCUUUGGUCAAGGCGGGCAAAGUUUACGCCACUGCCACGGAGGAUAUGGACGCUCUCACCUUUGGCUCUACAAAACUGCUGCGAUAUCUUACGUACAGCGAGGCACGCAAAAUGCCCGUCAAGGAGUUCAGCUACGACAAGCUGCUGGAAGGUCUGUCUAUCAACAGCCGGGAGUUUAUCGAUCUCUGCAUCCUUCUAGGCUGCGAUUACUGCGAGAGCAUCAAGGGCAUUGGACCCAAGCGAGCGAUUGAGCUGAUCAACAAUUACAGGGAUAUCGAGACCAUAUUGGACAACUUGGAUACCAGCAAAUACACAGUGCCCGAGAACUGGAACUAUAAGGUAGCGCGCGAGCUCUUCAUCGAACCGGAGGUUGCUAAUGCCGAGGCCAUAGAUCUCAAGUGGACGGAACCCGACGAGGAGGGUCUGGUCAAGUUCCUCUGUGGUGACAGGCAGUUUAACGAGGAACGUGUGCGCAGCGGUGCCAAGAAACUGCUCAAAUCGAAGCAGGCACAGACCCAGGUGCGACUCGAUAGCUUCUUCAAGACCCUGCCCAGCUCUCCGAGUGCCAUCAAUGCCGCCAAACGGAAGGCCGAGGAGGCCAAGAAGAGUGCCAACAACAAGAAGGCCAAGACCAGCGGUGGUGGCGCUCGUGGCAGAAGACCGAAGUAGGAAGCUAGGUUUGUGGUCUGGAAAAAACAUACAAUUCUUUUUAAUAUUAAACUUAUCCGUAUUUAAAGCCUACGCAUACAAUAAUAAAAACUACAUCUUUGAGCUUAA